CGCCCGCGACCCGACUUUCCCCACCAGUCCCACUCCUGUGUCGGGGCUCCAGGCCUUGCACGUUAGCCUCCCUUUUCUGCAGCUGCACAGCCGACGGGACGAGAGAGUUAAACAAUGGCAGAGAUGGCCCUGUCAGAGGCUGGGGCCUGUGCCGCCUCCACAGCUGCCGCUCUGGAGAACUUGCAGGUGGAGGCCAGCUGCUCCGUGUGCCUUGAGUACUUGAAGGAGCCCGUCAUCAUUGAGUGCGGUCACAACUUCUGCAAAGCCUGCAUCACCCGCUGGUGGGAGGACCUGGAGAGGGACUUCCCGUGCCCCGUGUGUCGAAAGACAUCCCGAUACCCCAGUCUCCGGCCUAAUCGGCAACUGGGCAGCAUGGUGGAAAUUGCCAAGCAGCUCCAGGCCGUCAAGAGGAAGAUCCGGGAUGAGAGCCUCUGCCCCCAGCACAAUGAGGCCCUCAGUCUUUUCUGCUAUGAAGACCAAGAGCUUGUGUGCUUGGUAUGUGCCAUUUCCCACACCCACCGGGUGCACAUCGUCGUGCCACUGGACAACGCCACACAGGAGUACAAGGAGAAGCUGCAAAAGUGCCUGAGCCCCCUGGAGCAGAAGCUGCAGGAUAUCACCCACUGCAAGUCCUCUGAGGAGAAGAAGCCCGGAGAGCUCAAGAAACUGGUGGAGAGUCGCCGGCAGCAGAUCUUAAAGGACUUUGAAGAGCUCCACCGACGCCUGAAUGAAGAGCAGCAGGCGCUGCUCUCACGACUGGAGGAAGAAGAACAGGAUGUUCUGCAGCGACUCAGAGAAAACGCUGCUCAGCUCGGGGACAAGCGCCGGAACCUGGCCCAUUUAGCUGCUGAGGUGGAGGGAAAGUGCUUGCAGUCGGGCUUCGAGAUGCUUAAGGAUGUCAAAAGUACCCUCGAAAAAUGUGAGAAAGCGAAGACCAUGGUGGUGACUUCCGUAUCCAUACAGUUGGAGAAGAACUUUAGCAAUUUCCCUCGGCAGUACUUUGCCCUGAGGAAGAUCCUUAAACAGCUCAUUGCGGACGUGACCCUGGACCCGGAGACUGCGCAUCCUAACCUAGUCCUGUCAGAAGAUCGGAAGAGUGUCAAAUUUGUGGAGACGAGAUUGCGGGAUCUCCCUGACACACCACGGCGCUUCACCUUCUACCCUUGCGUCCUGGCCACGGAGGGUUUCACUUCAGGCCGACACUAUUGGGAGGUGGAGGUGGGCGACAAGACCCACUGGGCAGUGGGUGUGUGUCAGGACUCUGUGAGCCGAAAGGGGGAGCUGACUCCGCUUCCUGAGACUGGCUACUGGAGGGUGCGCCUGUGGAACGGGGACAAAUACGUGGCCACCACCACACCUUUUACGCCCUUGCACAUCAAGGUGAAACCUAAGCAGGUGGGCAUAUUCCUAGACUAUGAGGCUGGCACGCUGUCCUUUUACAACGUCACAGACCGCUCGCAUAUCUACACCUUCACUGACAGGUUUACUGAGAAACUGUGGCCCCUCUUCUACCCGGGCAUCCGGGCUGGUCGGAAGAACGCUGCACCCCUCACCAUCAGGCCUCCGACAGAUUGGGAGUGACAGGAGAAGCACCCUGGUUUCUAGGGUAUGAGGAAUGGGCCGGGACGAGUGCACAGCUCACUGAGGGGUGUCUUGUCUAGUGUCCGCCGGGUUUUCUGUUGCACAGGGCUGGGCAGGGAAGGAAGGAAGAGGGGCUGUUGCAGAAACCAAGUCCAUAGGAGGGAAAUCUGCUUUCCCCACAUGGAAGGAGGAAACAGCCCUUUCCAUUCUUGUCUGAUUUCCCCACACUGAAGGAGGAAACAGAGCCCUUUCUACACUUGGUGGGGUUUGCUGACCAGGAAUACUCCUUUCUCAGGGAAGGUCAGAGGUUUAUGUUCCUAGGAUAACGAUGAAUGACGGUUAUACUGCAGGUUCUACAAGUUGGGGAGUAUUUCUGGGGCAGAGAUUUGGCAUUAAAGUGAGGGAAAUUGG